AUGGAAAAGGAAAGCGGUGAUAAGUAUACAAGCCGUGAUAUUCAGAACGAAAUCAUAAAAAUAAUGGCUCAUCAGCAGCAAAGGGAUCUUGUGAACGAUAUCGGUUCGAAUUUCUUUUCAAUUAUUGCCGAUGAAUACACUGUCAUAAGUAACAAGGAGCAACUAUCGAUUUGUCUUCGAUGGGUCGACGAAAAUCGUGACGCCCAUGAAGACUUUUUUGGUUUCUAUAAUGUUCCAAACAUUGAGUCCGAUACCAUUUUCUUGACAAUCAAGGAUGCUUUGAUUCGCUUACAGCUGUCACUGUCCCAAUGCAGAGGGCAGUACUACGAUGGUGCAAGCAAUAUGCUGGGCAAA